AUGAGGUUCGGCCGGACUCUGGAGCUUUCCCGAUAUGCUCCGUGGAAUGACAAAUACAUCGACUACGCCAAGCUCAAGAAGCUCCUUCGCGACGACGACUCCGCCCCAAGCUCGCCUGUCAAUGAAACAGCCGACAAAUGGACCGACGAGGACGAGAGCAAGUUCGUGGACGAGUUGGUAAAUGUGCAAUUGGAGAAGGUACAUAACUUUCACAAGGAAACAUAUGAGAAGCUGCGCGACCGGACAGCCGCGUGUGAGGCCCGUCUGGAUACCAUUGCCAAUUCGGAGAACAACCAUGCUGAGGGUAGUAAUGCAAGGACCAAUGGCGAGGGCAGCAGUGGUGGCAAUGGCAACGGAAAGAAGCCGGUCUCGAGCGAGUCCGAGACGAACACCAUUGCGAAAGAGGUGCUGGCUGAGCUGGACGAGGUCACCAAGGAAACAAACGAAUUGGAGAAGUACAGUCGCAUAAACUACGCGGGCUUUCUCAAGGCAGCGAAGAAGCAUGACAGGAAACGAGGAGCAUCUUAUCGCGUUCGCCCGCUGCUCCAGGUCCGGCUCGCGGCUUUGCCCUUUAACAAGGAAGACUAUGGUCCCCUGCUUUUCCGCCUCAGUGCGAUGUACAGUUUCGUACGCCAGCGGCUGGCCGGUGAGACAAAGGACAACAAAGCUACAGAGAAUCAGCAAGGCAAGGAGGAGUACACCAGCCACAAGUUCUGGGUGCACCCGGACAACCUGCUAGAAGUCAAGACGAUGAUCCUGCGCCAUCUGCCGGUCCUUGUAUACAAUCCACAGACUUCCAGGGUCGCUGAGGGCAAUGAGCCUGAUCCGUCGAUCACCAGCAUCUACUUCGACAACCCCGGUUUUGACCUCUAUACCAACAAGGUCGAGAAGAACGCGGGCUCCUCACUGAGACUGAGGUGGUAUGGCCAACUUAGUGACCGCCCGCAAAUCUGGGUUGAGAAGAAGUCGGUCGACGAGGACAACACCAGCCAUGAGGCGCGUUUCACUACCAAGGAUAAGUACGUUCAACGUUUUUUGAACGACGAAUACCACAUGGAGAAGCAAAUUCAGAAGCUGGAAGAACGCGCAGGCCCUGAGAAUGAAGAGGUUAAGAACAUGCGGAGCUCUGUGGAAGAAGUGCAGAACUUCAUCAAGCAAUACAACUUGCAGCCUGUGGUACGAGCCAACUACACUCGUACGGCUUUCCAGGUGCCCGGCGAUGAUCGUGUACGCAUUAGCCUCGACACGGACCUUGCAUUCAUCCGCGAAGACGCAAUCGAUACCGACCGCCCUUGUAGAGAUCCAGAGACUUGGCAUCGGACAGACAUUGACAACAACAAAUUGGAAUAUCCAUUCUCCUCAGUCAGGAAAGGUGAAAUUAGCCGCUUCCCUUUUGCGUUGCUAGAGGUCAAAUUGCGCUUGUCGCAGGGUAAGAGGAGCCCGGAGUGGAUUGAGGACAUCUUGCACAGUCAUCUCGUCAAAGAAGCGCCGCGCUUCAGCAAAUUCGUGCAUGGCGUGGCAGAGCUUUUCGAGGACUACGUGAACACAUUCCCCUUUUGGCUCAGUCAGAUGGAGACAGAUAUUCGGCGGGAUCCACAGCAGGCCUUCGAAGAGGAGCAAGCAAAGCGCCAGAAAGAUCGGGACGAUGAGUUUGCCGUGGGCUCUUUGCUGAGGUCAACAUCAAUGGCAAGCCCAUCACAACGUGGAAAGCCUGGAGUACUCUCGCCGGUGGGUUCGCCAGCAAUGGUCGGAUCCUUGCAGCGGAGUGCUCAGCAAACCAGAAACUCCCCGGCAAAGACUGCUCAAGUCCAUGCAGAGCCCACACAACAGGAGGAUGUCGCAGAGGAGGUUGAUGAUGAUGACACCGGCACUCACACUCACGGCACUGAACGCGCAAGAGCUCCUGGUGGACUCAAGAAUCUAUUUCCAAGCUUCAGCACCAGCAAGUAUGCGAUGUCAAGACGCAAUAAGACACGUCUACCUCCAGGCGUACAGGAACCAAAAUCCUGGAUUAAAGACCAAGGGAGCAACAAGGUGGAAGGGAAAGUCUGGCUUGCGAAUCAGCGUACAUUCAUCAAAUGGCAGCACGUAUCCAUCCUGCUCGCCUCGCUAUCAUUGGGUCUCUUCAAUGCCGCCGGCCCAGAGAACAAGGUUGGCCAGGCUCUUGGCGUUGUUUACACCGUUGUUGCAGUAUUUGCGGCUGCUUGGGGAUAUGGUAUCUACAUGUGGCGGUCUAAUCUGAUCCAACGUCGAAGCGGGAAGGACUUUGAUGCGGUCGGAGGACCAGUGUUUGUGUGUAUAGGUCUGAUUGUGGCGCUCAUUCUGAACUUCGCUUUCAAGGUAUGUUCCAGACAGGUCUUACUUCGCUGAUUGCCGGCUGACGUUUUUGCAGUAUCGCGCGGUCAUGCAAGAUCGGGAGAGGAAGGGCGAGUCGCCGGCGUUUAUGAACCAGAGCGAAUAUAUGAUGAAGUCUGGUGAAUUGUAA